AUGGCCGCCAGGACCGCUCGCCGCUCCCGCGCGCUGGAGAGGUGGGCCCGGCUGGUGCGCUCUUUGUCGCGCGGCGAUGACGUACUCCGGGGAAACGGAGGCAGCGGCUUCCCUCAGCAGCAACGAGGAACGGAGUUUGUGGCAGUCGCUCGCGUGAAGAUGGCGGGCGUCGCCGAUGCCGCCGCCCCGGGAGGCGGGGAUGGGGGGCGACGGAGCGCCCCGGAACACUCGUUACUGCAGCCAGACAGCGGACAGCGGCGGAGUAGCUUCACGAGCGGAGAAUCUCGGUCUCCUCACCCGUCGCCUGCACGUUUGACACCUUCUCCCUCGACCCCACCUUCACCCAAUCCCGGGCAACACCAGAGAACCGAAACUCUGGGUUUCUACGAAAGCGAUCCCCACAGGCAACAGAAGCGCAGUGGACCCUCAGAUCUUUCCCUGUUGAGGUUCAUCAAUGCAGAGCUAACAAGGGGUUACUUCCUUGAACAUAAUGAAGCAAAAUACACAGAACGGAGAGAAAGAGUAUAUACAUGCAUGCGAAUACCAAGAGAACUGGAAAAGUUGAUGAUUUUUGGAAUUUUUUUGUGCCUGGAUGCUUUUCUGUAUGUUUUCACACUUCUUCCAUUGAGAGUUUUUCUGGCAAUGUUCAGGUUCAUCACAUUGCCUUGUUACGGCUUGUGCUCUCACCGAAGCCUAAGAAUAAGUGAUAGGCGUUUGCUGCAGCCUGCUCAGGUGUGUGAUAUAUUCAAAGGAGUUAUACUGGUUAUCUGCUACUUCAUGAUGCAUUAUGUUGACUAUUCUAUGAUGUACCACCUGAUAAGAGGACAGUCUGUCAUUAAACUCUACAUUAUCUAUAAUAUGCUUGAGGUAGCUGAUCGUCUGUUUUCAUCUUUUGGUCAAGAUAUUUUGGAUGCUCUUUACUGGACAGCUACAGAACCAAAGGAAAGAAAAAGGGCACACAUAGGUGUAAUUCCCCAUUUUUUCAUGGCAGUGCUGUAUGUCUUUUUGCAUGCUAUUCUUAUAAUGGUCCAAGCAACAACACUCAAUGUAGCCUUCAACUCUCACAACAAGUCACUUCUUACUAUCAUGAUGUCUAACAAUUUUGUUGAAAUAAAAGGAAGUGUUUUCAAGAAGUUUGAGAAGAACAAUUUGUUUCAGAUGUCAAACAGUGACAUCAAGGAGAGAUUCACCAACUAUGUGCUGUUACUGAUUGUUUGUCUAAGAAAUAUGGAACAGUUUUCAUGGAACCCAGACCAUCUUUGGGUAUUGUUUCCAGAUGUUUGUAUGGUGAUUGCAUCAGAAGUUGCAGUGGACAUUGUAAAACAUGCUUUUAUAACAAAAUUCAAUGACAUCACAGCUGAUGUCUACAGUGAAUACAGAGCCAGCCUUGCCUUUGACCUUGUUAGCAGUCGACAGAAAAAUGCAUACACCGAUUACAGUGACUCCGUUUCUAGGAGAAUGGGUUUUAUUCCUCUCCCGUUGGCUGUUUUACUCAUCAGAGUUGUAACAAGUUCAGUAAAAGUACAGGGAGUCUUGGCUUACCUCUGUGUUGUCCUCUUCUAUUGUGGGUUAAUAUCACUCAAAGUGCUUAACAGCAUUGUGCUGUUGGGAAAGUCAUGCCAGUAUGUCAAAGAAGCAAACAUGGAAGAGAAGUUGUUCAAUCCUCCUCCUGCCAGCACCCAGGGCAGGCCUCCUGGCAAACCACAAAGCAAGUACAGAUUCACUCAAGGAAUUUCUACAGAUGAAAACUUGUCUGCUUCUGUGACAGCUCAACCAGUACACCAGAAGGAAAAUGCAGCCCCACAGCUUGUGACAAGCAACUCUGAUCAAUUCCUGACAACUCCUGAUGGAGAUGAGAAAGAUAUAACGCAGGACAAUUCUGAUUCAAAACACAAAUCUACAAAGAAAGAUUUGUUGGAGAUAGACAGGUUUACAAUUUGCGGAAACAGGAUUGACUAGAUUUUUGUAAAUUUUUGUCUGACAUGCUUAGAAUACUGAGCUAUUCGGACAGCAAGUGCUAUCAAGAUGGACAUAUGCCAAGGAGGCAUAUAAAUAUUUAUUUAAAAACUUAAAUUAUUAAUGGCAAACAUAUUACAGUGAGUAACUUGGCCUGAUAAACUGGACAAGCUUCAGCUCUUUAACUUGGAUGUUUUGGAAAAGGUGGUGAGCUAUGAGAGAGAUCUACAGCUUGGCAGAGCUACAGCAUCGCUUUCCUGGAAAUAACAUGUGAAAUGUAUUUAAAAACAUUUUUUAUCUAUGAAUCCAUGCUUCCAGAACAUACCACUUUUUUUGUCAAAAUUGCUUCAAUAGAAGGAUAACUUUGAAAAUACAUUUGCUUCUUCCACUCACUUUCAUAAGCAACUGCAAAACUAUUUAAAAUUCUUCACCUGCCAAAAACCUUUUUUCAAACUUCCAGUAAAAUAAUCAAGAUAAUUCUUGCCACAAGAAGAUUGCUCAAGAUGUAUUUCAGCUAAUUCAAAUAAAUGAUCCUUAAAGAAUUAUCACAUAAUAGUUUUAUCUAAAUGUUAAGCCAGUAACAAGAAGUUGAUCACAAAAAUGGCAUAAUGGAAUAUAUGCGAUAACUGGGAAAGAACAGGGUUUUUUUCCUUUUCAAUUUGCACUGUAUUUUAAGCAUGAAAAGCUUGAGUUUAUAAAUGUAAAGAUGUAAAAGAUUUGAGGAAGAAGAGUGAAAUCAGGUUGUGGGAUUGCACAUGGCACUUAAAAGAUGUUCUAUUGCAGAUACGAGCUUUGCAUUGAAAUAGACAAAAUUGCAUUUUAUGUGUCAAUCAGCUGAAAGGAGCGUUUCUUUGAUAUGGCUGGAGAAGCUGCACAUGGCCAAAAAUUGAGAGAAAGCCUGAAACAGAUGUUGAAUAUUAAACACACUUUAAGUAGAAUAAUGUUGCAAUUCUGUGUAUGUUAAGACAGAAAAGAAAGCCCUGGAUUUCCCAGCCUGCAGGAGUCAGCAUGGCUGGUUGAAGUGAACCUGAAAGCUUUAGAACUUUUUUGUCUAAAUAUGCAUAGGACUGUAUCCUAAAUGUAGCUUUCUACAAGUUCUUUAUGGUUUGAAAUUCUAAGCAGUUUUAUUAGGGGGGCAUGGGACUUGGGAAACUGUUGAAGAGGGGCUUGAAAUGUGUUAUAAAAGGAAUAAUUGACACGUUUAGCUCAACAUGAUUAGAGAGAAUGCUGCAUUCAGGGUACUCUUCUUUUUCUGCCAACAAUGCUUAAUGAAUGCAAUAUUUAAUGCCUAUUUUAAACGUGAUGUGGGGUCGAGUUUGUUCUGUGCUUAGUCCCCUGAAGUUUCAGAUACUACUACUAUGAUAAAACAAGUGUGCGAUGAUAGCAUCCUCAUGAACGGAAUUCUACAAUAUGCUAAAAAGUGACGAUUUAUAGAUUGAUGUUUUCUGAUCUGAAGGGGCUGUUUUUCACCUUUUACCAGUCUGUUUUCUCAUUUUAGCUUGAAGAAAUGGCCAAAGUUAGAAAUGUUGUAGGAAUGAAAAUGUUAAAAAUAAGCUUGAAAUUAGCAAAAAUGAUUAUUUCAGAUAUGUGUUCAUUUGGACAAAUUUUAUUCAUUAAGAUUUAAUUCAGAAUAUUUGUAAAUUUGUUGUAAUUUAAUUUUUAUUUAAUUGUUGCUCAAAGGAAGCUUGGAAUGAUUUUUCCUGUAAAAUGAUAUUCUGUAUGAAUUUUAUAAGUGCAUCUUGUGUGAUACAAUAAAAAUUCAAUUUUGUAAA